AUGCAUUUCUUUAUGCCCUUUUUAGCAAUCUUCUCUUUUCAUUAUUUCUGUGGGUGUUGGAUAACACAAAGAGCUGCCUUAAUAGGUGGCUGGAAUUCUUGUUUUUUGGGGAUAAUGAUUUUGAUUUUUCUUAUUCUCUUUCGGUUAGACUCUUUUCGGAUUUCCAAAAAAUAUGGUAAAAGAUUUUUCCAUUUCAUUUACGUUAUCCUCUUCUUUGUUACGUCACUCUAUUUUGAUUUUUUUAGAUUUUCUUUUUUUAAGAAGUUCGUCUUCGAUUGUCUUUUUUGGGGGGGCUUAGGUGUAAUCGGUCUUCCUCUUCCGUCAUCCGAGGCUGGAAGGAUAGAAGGAAGCAGUAGGGGCUCUGGUUGGACCACUCACGACCUGGACGUCCUAGCAGAGCCCUUUUCGGAAACGGAAAUGGAGGGCACGUCUGGCGGCACUGACACAACUAGCAUUUCGGUCAAUAAGCCGGAGGGAGAACCACCUUUCCCUCGUACCAAUGCCCGCGGGGAUCCAGCGGGCCAUCGAAAGUGUGCCCUUUUCCAUUCCAAGAUGACGAAAUCAUUGGUGGAGACUGCCUCAACAAUGUGUAUCGUAGACUUCUGGAAGCCUUGCAGGCUAAAAAGGGGGAAGACCUCUCCUUAG